AUGGAGAAUUCCUACGGUGUGGGAGUAGUGAACAGAUACGCUCUUUUCUUGGACGAUGAGACCGAUCCUCUUGAUGCGUUAAAAGCGCGAGAGCAGGCGAAGGAGCUCAAAAAGAAGACCAAAGAAGCCGAAAAAGAGAACAAAGGCAAGCCUGAACCCAAGCCCGCUAAAGGCGUAACCGUUCCCACCCGGAAGGGCAUUAAGGAAACUCAAAAUGUGAAGUCUCAAGACAUCAAAAGUGGAGAACAACAGAAGGGUAAGGGACCUGCACGCCCGGUCGAUCGUAAUGUUGAGCGUCCGCCUCCGCGUCGUCGUGAAGAUCGGCCGCAGAACGGUACCGCAGAAAACAAGGAAGGAGCUCCGCGGCCACCGAGACGCGAGUUCGGCGAUCGUCGGCCUAACUUCAACGAGCGCCGCAAUUUCAACGACAACAACCAGGACGGUGCAGAGCGUCGCGGUCCACCAAGACCACCGCGUGAGCCUCGUGAGGGACCGCGCGGGCCGCGUUCUUUUGACAAUAGAGGCAAACGUGAGUUCGACCGAAGAUCCGGCUCUGACAAAACCGGUGUGAAAUCAGUCGACAAGAGGGAGGGCGCAGGUCCCCACAACUGGGGCACGAUCAAGGACGAUCUCGACGAGUUGAACAAAACCGGUUCUGAGGGUGAAACUACUGAAGAGAAGGCUCCUGAAGCCGGCGCUGGCGAUGGACAAGUGCCUGAAACUGAACGUGCAGUGCCCGCUGAGGAAGAACCGCGUGAGUUGACACUCGAUGAAUACAAGGCUUUACGCAACGCGCAACGCACCGCUCCGCAGUACAAUUUGAGGAAGGCAGGUGAGGGUGAAGACUUGAGCCAGUGGAAAAACCUGGUUCUGUUGGAACGCAAGAAGGAAGGUGACCGUGGUGAUGAUGAGGAAACUGACGAGGAAUACGAUCUGGCCGACUAUCCACAGCGCGUGGGUCGCCAGAAGCGUUUGUUGGGCAUUGAGUUCACAUUUAGUGACGGUGCGAGGCGCGGCGGUGUGGGCGGGCGAGGCCGCGGACGGGGCCGGGGUCGCGGACGAGGAGUGCCGCGCGAGGAGCCGCCGGUCGUGGAGGAGCGCCCGGUACAGCGUCACCACGUGACGCCGCCGAAGGUCGACGACAGCAAGGAUUUCCCCUCUCUCAGCUAGACUCGCAGUGAGUCUAGAUUCUUCUCCCUUUCGAAGCUAGAGUUACAAAUUAUAAUGUAUGUACUGUUAUUUUUGAAGUAAAUAUACAAUAUAUUUACAA